UGCUAAGCAACAGAUCUUGUUGCCAUGAUGGAGUCAAGUGCCUCUCUUCCUUGGGAUGAAGAUGCUGGGGAAAUAUGUUUCACUUAUUGAAUUUUAUAACCCAGGCUGGCCAGAGGCUCACUUUGUAGCCCAGACUGUUCUCUAACUCAAUUCUUCUUCUGCCUUCAUCUCUGAUUCUGCAUGUGUAGACCAUUGCCAAGGCAAUGUCUUGUUUAAGGUUUGUCGGGUGUGUUGGAAACAGAUAUGACAGGACUGGUCGCUGGGGUCCUGUUUGAUAAUUUGUGGCAGAGCCCUGAGGACCUGAAGAAUGAGAGCAGUUACUAGGCUGCCACCUGUCCAGCGAUCCUUCCAGAUGUCUCUGUCCCUGAGGUGUUAGCUUACGGCCGCCAUCUUGGUCCUUUUUCAUCAUUUUCAGUCCCUCCAGGACUUGGAGGAGCCCGCGGGCCACACCCUUAGAGCCUCUGCUGAAGUGGCUGGGCCUGACACCUCCGAGGAUCUUGGUCUUGCUUGCCGCGCGUGUGGAAGCAGCUCGUGUGUAGAACCACUUUUCAUCACACGGGCCGAGCUCUUUAUGUUUGGCCAGCUUGACUGUGUCCACCCAUUCGGGGACUUUGAGCUUUUUGAGGAAGGCUGCCAGAGCUCUGACGAACUCCUGCAGGUUAACGUCUUUUACUACCUGCGUAAGAGUGAUCACUAAAACCCACGUGUCCCAGCCAAUACCAGGCUGUCCUGAAACCUCUCCUCUACCAACAACACUGAUCCAAAACCCUUCAGUUCAGCCUCAGGCUCGGGACCUGGCUUGUAUGUUCUUCCGUCCACCGUUGGCUACGUCAAUCACGAUUGUACCAAGGCAGCCAGUCCUGCCUACUCACUCGCUCGGAGGCCCAGUGAAGCACCCCUCCAGGAUUCCAGCCCAGGACCUGUCUACUUCUUGGACCCGAAAGUUACUCGCUUUGGCCGUAGCUGUCCCCCUGCCUACUCCAUGCAGGGCCGGGGUAAGAUUAGAGGUCUGGAGGUAACACCAGGCCCUGGGGCCUACAGCCCAGAGAAGACACCCCCCAUACGCCAGCGGAACGCCCCAGCUUUCACGCUGGGCUCUCGCCUCCGACAGAAGCCCCCAGACACCUCUGCUCCUGCCCCCAAUGCCUACACCAUGCCACCCCUCUGGGGGUCACAGAUCUUUAUCAAGCCUAGCAGUCCCAGCUACACAGUUGUGGGCCGCACACCCCCCGCACGCCCCCCUCAGGAUCCUUCUGAGACUCCAGGCCCUGGACAGUACGAGAGUCCUGACCCCAACACCUACCGGCAGCGUAGGCCGGCCUUCAGCAUACUGGGGAGACCCCGAACACCACGGCCCCCGGAAGACACACCGGGUCCUGGUACCCACAACCCGGAACAGGUCACUGUUAACCGGGCCAGGGCCCCAGCAUAUACCAUGGGCAUCCGUCACUCAAAGAGGGCAUCCACCAUGGUAGGGGACACCAAAUGCUGACUGUUGCAGGGCACAGGCUGCUCCCCCCCUAGGCCCCCCCGGCCUUGUUUCCUCAGAGUGGAACAGAGGAGGUGCCUCCCUCCCCUUCUGCAGUUCGAGGUCCUUUGAGGCCACCUGAUCUUUCUGUCCCUGGGGCCUGUGACCCAAGGCUCCAUACAGGGUGAUGAACCUCCUUCCAGGGCCCCAGUUUCUUUUCCCAGGUCAGACCAGGCCAGGAGAAGUGUCCCUUUCCCUGACUGGACAGGGAGCUGUGUGUCCUAGAAUUCAGUGUCCAGGCCACUUGGGUUUCUGCAGAUGAGGCCGGAGACCUCUCCUGCAGGUGGCCCUGAUGCCUCUGCCCUUCUCACCCUGCCCUCUAGAGUUGUUUGCCAAUAAAUCAUUUCUCCAUCAACA